GCCGGUCGCCUUCAUCACAGUCAAGCUACCCGACGGAAGCCUCGUCCAUCUCGAUGUCGACCUCAAGACAAGAAUAGAGGAGUUCAGAUCCAUUUUGGCACCAAAGUGUGGCAUCAAGCGUCACCGACAACGAUUAGUUUUCGCUGGUCGGCUGCUUCAGGAUGGCAGAACUCUGGAAGCCUACGGCGUAGACCGGAACAGCACGAUCCAUCUGCUUCACGGACAGCAGGGUGGCGGCGAUGGCCCGUCUGGUGUCGACAUCAGCCAGAUGCCUCCGCAGCUGGGAGCCCUCCAGCGGCACGUUCUGCAGAAUCCUGACAUCCUGCAGCAAAUGCUCGAGUCGCCGGCUAUGCAGAGCUUGCUGAACGAUCAUGACUUCAUGCGCAGCCUGCUCAAGAUGGAUCCCAGGCUGUCCAAG